GUCGGGGAUCCAAGGGCGCCGGCCGGGCAGCGCCAGCGAAUCGCGGCGGCGGUGGAUCGAUUCGGUAAGCUAGAAGCCUUCACUGCGGAUCGGUCGUCGGAUUCAUCUCCCAUAACGUACCUACUGCGGGAGUGCUGUUGUAGUCUUGCAAAGCGGGGCUAGGGUUUGGGGUUCUCUUCUCUUCUCGGCCGACCUAGGGUUUUGUUCUCGGCUGGAGCAUCUUGGGCGGCCGCCAUGCCGUCAGCCAAGAGCCGCCAGAAGAAGCAGAAGCGCGAGGAAGAGGAGAAGAAGGCAGCUGCGGCGCAGACCUCAAGUGCUCCCUCGCCUGCCGCCAAGUUCAAGGACAACCAACAAAAACAGGCCAGAUUCCUCCGAUUCCUGCAUAUAUGUUUUGUGCUUGUGCCCAACUCAUACACUAUAGAUGUCUCCUACGAUAGGAUGCUACAACACGAUGAUGUAGAUCUGAGAGUAGACGCUUGCAUCAGCCAGAAAAGUCAGCAUGAUUGGCUACUUCCUGCUGCCCGAGAAUUCCUACGCGCAAAAGGUUUCGGAACUGAAGUUGGCCGAACUAAGGAGACAUGCCUACUUUUUAGCAAAAGCUUUCCAGAAAGAAUCCACCGUCUCAAAGACUUUGUCAAGUACGACGAUCUUGUGCAGCACGUAAAGGUAUUCCGGCAGGGAGAAUAUGUUCAAGUUCCAACAGCCCGUGGCAGGCUUUUGUUCGUGACCUUCAUGGAUCUCAUAUCAGAAAAUCAUUCAAAGAAGGUCAGCUUCAAUGGUGCAUUCAAUCUUGAAGACAUUCUGAUCAUUAACCAUAAACAAUGUGCUAGCGAGAUCAUGGAGAUAGUGAAAGCUACAGUGAAAGCUGAAGAUACUAAUCAGGCUAUGGUGAUAGACCUACACAGAGCAGCUGAGAUAUUCAUACCGCUGUACAAGGACAACAAUGGUGUUUUGCCAGUUUACUUUGACCGGCUCAAAAAAGACUUAGAGGGGGCGACGAAAGAGUUAGUUGCCAAGAAAUGGUUCCGGAGGUAUUUGCGUUAUCAUGUUGCGAUCAUGCCCUCAGCUGGUCGUAGAAGUUUUGAGAUCUCUCUCUACUCAUCUGCAUCUAUGUGUGUAUGUCAUGGACCAUCUUUAGACUUGGGAGAUAUUCUAGAAAAAGACAUCAAACCCCUAUGCCUUGCUGAGUGGAAAUCACGUGUGAAUCCGGAAUCUGGGAAGACAAAGGAUGUCAGCAUCAGUGCUCUCAAGAGCGUUUAUCUACACAGAUUUGCUAAUGGCGGUGGUGGCGAGGCAAAGCAUCCAUAUGGCUCCGUUUCUGGAAAAAGGGAUUCAUAUGGUGACACGCUAAUUGAUUUCAUCAGGUUUCGGCGGAAUUUCCUUGAACAUGGUGGGCAACAUGAAAAUAUUUUCAGUGACAUCCAGGAGUUGGAGCUGUGCCUUGCCAAGGAGUUCAGCGGCUUUCUUCCAAACUUACUUCAUGCCAUGCUGCAGCGAGGAGAAAUGCAACUGUUUGGACAAGCAUGGCCAUCUUUUAAACCGACCCGGUGGGCAAAAAGCUAGCCAUCCCUCGGCCAUGAGGAGGUACAUGAUGAGUAGAUAAAAACUAUCGUAUACGAAGACCAAGGAGUCCCUAUGGUCCAUGGUGUGGAUACCGCUAGCUGCGCCGGCUGGGGCCUCAUGAUGAACAUCUCCAUCCGCAGUAGCCAAGAGGUCUGGUGGCCGCAUCUACCGCUUCUCAUACACCUACAUCAUCAAGAAUGGGGAAACCAUCCAUGUGGGCACAUGGGGAUACCAGGCCAAAGGGCAGAUCAACAUGGUUUCUCCAUGAACAAUGACAACUUCUAACGCGCUAACCCUAAUUAUCAACAACUUCCAAAAAUCUGCACUUCAAAUUUAGGUCCCAAAUAUUUUGGGCACUAAAGAUGGUGUCACGUCGUCAAUAUUAUUUAAUAUUGUGCUAGAUAUGUUGCCUAUCUACAUAUAUAGCAAGGGCUAAGGAGGAUGGUCAGGUUGGGGGCCUUAUCCCGCAUCUAGUUGAUGGGGUUGUGCCUAUCCUCUAAUAUGCGGAUGACAUGGCCAUUUUUAUGGAACGUGAUCUUCGAAAGGCGACUAAUAUACCUUGCUAAUUGAUCA